AUGGAUUUUGAGUCAUCUAUACAAAUAUUUCCCAAAUGGUGCGAUCCUUUGUUUCGGAAAUUAUCGGAUGUGAUUUUCAAAUAUCCUGGUCCAGUUGUUAUGAUUGCGUUGAUUUGCUGCAUCAUUCAUAUUAUUUUCAAAAAAAUUAUCGAUCCUCAGCUCUAUGAAUUUUACAGUAAACAUUUCUCUUUCACUCCACAAUUGUUGAAAGAUGAGCUAGAAAAGAAUUAUGAAGAAUACCAAUGGAACAAUCCUCAAUUCUGCAAAGCUUAUCUUGCGUUAUAUGCAGCAUAUCGCGAACUCCGGAUGAUGGCCAAACGAGAUUACCGUGGGGAGAUUGACCCGAACGAUAUACGAUGGAUUCACUUCGACCAUAUCAAAACUUUGAACAGAUAA